CUUAAUCAUCGGUGGAGAAUAGCCUCACGCCAAAUCCGUGAUCUGUAGCCUUCAAAAUCAUAGGAAAAUGGCCUUUCGAAAAAAGCGCCUGAAAUCUAUGAUGGUACCCGUUUGGAAUCUGCCAAAAAUGAUCCCGGAAAAAAUUCGUCCAAAUAGGUGCUUAAUAAGCAUAAUCAUCGGUGAAGAUUAGUCUCAGACCGGAUAUAUGCUAUGUAGUCUUGAAAAUUCAAAGAAAAUGACAUUUCGAAAAAAUAAAAUUCGAAAAUGCCCUCUAUAAAAAUUCACAAAAAUUGUCAAAUAAUAGACUCUAUCAUUAGUGAAAAAUACUAAAAUAGCCUGAAGUCGAAGCCGUAAACUGUAGGCUUCAAAAUAUAAGGAAAAUAGUCUUUCGAUAAAAUCGCUCGAAAUCUGUGAUGAUCCCUUUUGGUAUAUGUCAAAAUUAUGUGUGGAGAAUAGUCUCUGACCGAAUUCGUGAUCUGUAUCCUUUAAGCAAAAAAAAAAAAAUAUUUCGAAAAAAUCGCCCGGAAUCUUUGAUGAUACCCAUUUGGAAUAUGCAAAAAAUGGUCUCAGAAAAAUCUAUCGAAGUGCUUGAUAGACUUAACAAUCAAUGAAGCUUUUAAAAUUAAAAAAAAUGAUAUUUCAAAAAAAUCUCCCAAAAUCUGUGAUCAUACCCAUUUGAAAUUUGCCAAAAAUGAUAUCGGAAAAAUUCUCAUUCUCGAAUUCUGCUUAAUAAACUUUUUUUUUGGUCAAAAGAUAUCAUGUAUUGAUCGAAGAUAGACAGUUACACCAUGGAAACCAGCCAGGACUGGAAAUCAAAGAAGCGACUCAUAGUCGGAUACAAAGAAAGGGCUUUCCUAACUACCAAAUGAGCUACCCUAUUGUUCUCCCGACCUACAAAACGCACACUAAAACCAGAUUGGGUACUAAAAUAAUGACCAAUCUCCUCCAAAACAGCACCCAACCGGCUAUCUCUCGUGUUGGCUUGAUUUAUUUUAUCAAUAAUCACCUUCGCAUUGCACUUAAACCGGACCUCCGACAAGCCUUGCUCCAUGCACCAAACAAUCGCUUCCCUAAGCACAAGUAAUUCCACCAUCUCCGGGUCAUCCAUUUGAGAAAACUGAACCCCUCUAGCCAGAAGGAGUGUCCGCGUUGAGUCAAAAAGAACCAUCCCAUCAGCUGAAUGCGACCCACCCUUAGUAGCCCCGUCUCACAUGCAAACCAAAUGGGAAUCACCCACAUGCGCUGUUGGUUGCAUCAACGGGAUAGGCACCCUCGGAGACUGAUCCGAAGAUAGACUCACUCAUUCCUCAUACUGUUUGUGAAACUGUCGCAUAAGCGCCGGAAUCCCAAAUUGCUUGCCCUCAAAGACAACUAGACCUUUUCCAUGUCAAUCUUCAGAGCCAUGUACUCUUUCUUCCCUUGCUUUUUGAUCUUCAGAUAGUACAUUAAUUCAUGUUCUAUAAGAAUGUUAUCAAUGAUCUGCCGGUCUCUAAUAAACCCAUUUUGCCCCUCCGAAAAACAAUACGAGGGAGCAAGCUAGCAAACCGCACGAUAACUAUGUUAUUCCCCUGUCAAACUCGCUUUCGUUGAGACACACGCCACUCUAAUCAAUCGUCCGAUUCGGAACAAAACUAGGCUGAAAAUUGAACGUACUGAUACCCAGCGACGGCGAUGGUAGGUUCCAAAGCUGCGAUUGAGGUGGCGAAGACGGUCAUCGAGGUGGCCGACGUGGCGUGGACGGCCAUGGAGUUCGGCCACCACCACCAUCUCCACACCCACGAUCAAGAAGAGACCGGUACGCAGGCCAAAGCCGCGGAAUCUAUGUCGGUAGAUGAAGAAUUGGUAGCCUUGAGAUCCGAGAAUCGGCGGUUGAAGAGCUUGCUCGAGCACAAUCUCAAGCUCCUCCAGAAUUUGUCAGAAUCGCCUCCUUUGAUGAGUGAUUGCCCUCCUGAUCUCUAUGCUCGCCUGGCUGCCACUGUGGAUUCUGAAAAAUUCUUGAGCCAGCUUAAAUCCCUCCAAGAGGCAACCAGAAAUGGAGCUACUCCUGGAUUCCCAUUCAAGGAGGCUACAGGUGAUGACUUGCACACUGUGGAAGUUCUUAUUAAGGUUGACCAAGAAGAACCUAGUAGGUGGGUAUGGGUCACUGAAGAAAUGAUUCAUGGCAAUACUGAAGAACACAGUGGGAUAGAUAAUGAGUGCUAUGUGGUCAUCAAUGAGGAUCAGGUGGUUGAUGCAGUUGCUACCUUUAUGGCUAAGUGCAUAACUGCAAACCCAAAAUCUCAGAAACUUUCCCCCGAGGCUCUCCAGAAAGCUGUUACACAAGCGUUGGGCGGCGGUGGUGUCAGCAAAUUUGAGAGAGCAAUGGGUAUUUGGCAUGCGUGGCAGCUGUUUUAUGCUCUUUCGACCUGGGGAAUUGCAUUGGCAGGUUUGUACAAGACUCGGGCUGUGUGGAAAUAUGCUGCCGUGGGUGUUCACAAAACCAGCAAAGUUGUCCUCAGGGCUCUGUGAAUCAGAGGUCAAGACUUCUUGUGUGAUGUAAAUAUAACGAAUUUGCGUGGGGAGCUUUAUGUCGCGAUUUCGAACUAUGUGAUUGUUCAAGCUCUUGUCAAUUGUAUAUGUGUUCUCUGUAAAUAUUAGUGGGAGAUGGUGUUCACAACAUUGUGAUAUUUCAGUUCCUUGUUUGAUUGGAUUGGACAACAUAUCAAAGUAACAUUUCCGGUUACAAACUUUGCUAUCACUAUCAAAAUUCAGCUUCAACAAGAGAUCAAAGACAGCCCUCCAAAAAUAGAUGAGAAAUUUUGAAUGGUAGUUCUUGGAGCUACUUCCACGUCGAGCAUUCACAUGGCUGCUUCCAGCUCCAGUAAUGGAGAUUGGAACGGAGUUUCGUGGAAGCUCUAAGGGCGUUCUUAUUUCUGCUCCAGAAAAGCUGCAAGUCUUGGUGGGUGAAUCCGGAUGUCUACAUAUCUGCCUCUCCAGUUGAAGUUUCAGAUAGCUUGACAAACUGUUAAAAAUACACGUCGAUAAUUGAUUACGAAUAAGUCAAAUGGCUCAGUUGCAUUUAACAAAGCAAAGAAAGAUUUGGCAAGCUG